AUUGUAAAUAUAAUCAACAAAAAUGUGUUGUCGAGAAAAAAUCAAAUCUCUGGCAAUAAUAUUAUAACAAUAUUAUCACUGAAUACUUCCCGAAAGUCCAUUGAGACCAUCAUUACAUCCAAAUUGAAAGAUAGCCUAAAGUUAAGAGAAGAAUUAAAUGUGAGACCAAUGUCUUCAAUAAUAGACAAGACUAGGGCUGUAAUCUCAACAGACAAUCACCAGAACGACUGUUCCCGACGUAAGAGUAUUAGUGUGUUGGGCGGCGGCGCCUGGGGUACGGCUAUUGCAGAUCUCAUUGGACAUAACGUUACUCUCAACAAACACCUGUUCCACGAAGAGGUCAUCUUUUAUGUCAGGGAUGAACACUUGAGAUUAAUUAUAGAGAAGACCCGUCAAAAUAUACGUUAUUUGAGUGCCAUUAAACUGCCGCCAAAUGUCAAACCGGUGACCUCCCUGAGCGAUGCGGUCACUAAUUGCGAUAUAAUAAUAUUUGUAAUCCCACAUCAAUACAUUCAUUCACUUUGUUUACAAAUCAAUGAUAGCAUAGUCUCCACCCGCAACCCGAUCGGUAUAUCGCUAAUUAAAGGCAUACAUGUGGACAAUGUCAACAAUCUGGAGCUAACCUCACAGAUAAUCAACAGAAUGUUGGGCAUUGAGGUCGGUGUGCUCUCUGGUGCUAAUAUAGCCAUUGAAGUGGCACAGAGACAGUACAGCGAGGCUACGAUUGUUAAUCCGGUUACUGAUAACAAUAAUUGGGAACCAAUACUGAGAUCACUAUUUGAGUGCAAUCACUUUAAAGUGUCUUUUUGUAAGGACGGACCAACCGUUGAGAUAUGUGGUGCCCUCAAGAACGUAGUGGCCAUUGGGUGCGGUCUUUCAGAUGGUCUUGGAUUUGGUAUGAACACCAAAGCUGCUGUAUUAUCGUGUGGUUUGAAAGAAAUGAUUAAAUUUGUCCAACUAUUUCAUCCUAAUUAUCAAUUGUCAACAUUCUUCGAGAACUGCGGUAUCGCCGAUACAAUUGCCAGCAGUUUUGGUGGAAGAAACCGAAGAGUUAGCGAAGCACUGAUUAACUCAAAUAAAUCAAUUGAUUUACUUGAGAGACAACUAUUGGGCGGUCAAAAACUUCAGGGACCGCAUACGGCACAUGUCGUACAUAAGCUGUUGGAACACAAGAAUCUAUCGAAAGACUUCCCAUUUUUUACAUCCAUUUAUCGUAUUUGCAACCGAUCUAUGAAUCCAAAAGAUUUCAUUAAUUCUAUACAAACCAGACAUUGA